UAAUAUUUAUUACCAGCAACAGCCUUUUUAUCAAGUACCUCCUGGAGCUCCACCUACUGGUGCCCUGCCCAAUAGAGAGGAUCAGCUAAGAUUGUACGAGGAACAGAGAAUGAAAGAAAAAGAAGAAAUCAAACGUAGAAAAAGCUGAGGAGAAGAAGAGACGUGAUUUUGAACAAAAACGACGACUAUAAUUCAUGAAUGUGCUGAAUCCAAGAGUGGGAGGGGCUGGUGCUGUUGCUAUGGAGACACUUAUUGGAUUCACACCGUUACCUAAGAGCAAGCCUAAAGCCACACCCAGCACUACGACUCCAACAAUUACUACUUCAAAACAAGCCCCUCCUCCUUUAACAUCGACAUUAACUCCUCCCACACCUCCUCCUGCUAGUAUUAAAGUAGCAACAACAAUUACUACUACUAGUGGUCCUUCAAUUGAUGAGUUAUUAUCAAACACAAUGUCCGGACUCGGUGAUACUAAACCCAACCAACAUCCGCUAACCAAAUCCGAUUUCAAAUCAACCCCGCCCAUCAGAGGACUAGAAACGAGACCCUCCCCAACCCCUGUCAAUGAAACAUACUCAGUCUCAACAAAAGCAGCUAAAGUCUGGGAGAAAGGAGGAGAAGAAUUAAGUGGAUUAUUUAAAACUGAAACAUCAGGAGGUACAAAUGAGAUAUCUUUUUCUCCUGGUUCUGAUGAUGGAUUUGGUGACUUCCAAUCUGUAGUCAGUAAUACAGCAACUAGUACUAGUGUAAGUGGUAAUAGUGUAACUAGUAAUGCUGUUACUAGUAAUAGUGUAUUACCAUCAGCUGCUGGUAGAGAGAGGGUUGGAGGGGGUGGGAUACAAAGAGCGCUACCUCUCAUGACAUCACCUGCUGUUGGUUCUCCUGUCCUGGUCUGUAGUUAAUCUAACCUCACCAGGUCAACUGACACAAACUGAAUUAUAUCAACUACUAGGAUUGAUUGGACUAGCACAGAAUAGAAAAAAUGUUAAAGUGUCUUUACAUGAUUUAUUAAUGACACAAUCUCCUCCUAUACCAACACUAGCAGCUAUUAAUAUCUCUAAUAAUAAUAA